AUGUCUAAAAGUACGCUGAAGGCUUUGCUAAAACGUGAACGGCAGUUAUAUGUUAUUUUUGAUGGUACGGAUAGAUUCAUCCAAACCUAUCAGAUUGAUAGUGAUCGGUGUCAAUUAAGUUCGAGAUUGCAUGUGAUUGAUACUGUGUACAGUGAGUUUUUUGAAAUACGGAGCAAAAUUGAACUUUUGCUGGAUGAAGCGGAUGAGAAAGAGCAGAAAGAUGCUGACAGUGAAGUCAAAGGAGAAAUUGCCAAGCAACGUGAAGAGGAAAACGACAAGGUUCUACAACAAUUCGAUGACCGAUACAUCGCCAUCCGAGGUGACCUCCUUAGACUCCAAGGUGAUAAGGAUGCCUUAGGUGUGAACACAACCAGCAACAGUCAGAGUCAGUCUGCGUCAGGAAAUACUUCGAGAGUAAAGCUACCAGAGAUACGUUUGCCGUCCUUCAGUGGAAAAAUAAGAGAGUGGAUUACAUUCCGGGAUUCCUUCCGAAGCCUUAUCCAUGACAACGAGCAUCUGACGGCUAUGGAUAAGUUUACAUACCUACGUUCCUCUCUACAGGGUGAUGCACUGAAGGAAAUCAACAACAUAGAGCUUUCAGAGGCAAACUACGAUGUCGCCUGGAAAACUUUACAAGUUCGCUAUGAAAAUAAGAAGCUGAUUGUGAAGGCUCAUCUCGACGCUCUUUUCGCCCUCGAACCGCUUAAAAAGGAGAAUUACGACGGUCUGAACUUCCUCAUCAGCGAGUUCGAGAAAAACUUGAUGAUGUUGCAGAAAAUCGGAGAGCCAACGGAGUCUUGGAGCACAAUAUUAGUCUACAUGUUGUGUUCUAGGCUAGAUUCUGCAACAUUGCGCCAAUGGGAGACGCAUUACGGGUCUAAGGAGGUCCCAACGUACGAAGAGCUGCUUCUGUUCUUGCAAGGUCAUUGCUCUGUUCUCCAAUCAAUCACCUCUGCAAGAAAUCCACCAUCCGAAGCCCGUCAGACGAGAUCAGCAGUUUGUAAUACAACCAUCAGAUCAGUUUCACGUUGUCCGUUCUGUGCAGAUCCAUGGCACUCACCGUUCCAGUGUGGCAAAUUUCAACGGAUGAAGGUUCCCGAGCGAAUGGAUGCUGCCAUUCGCAACAAGUUGUGUCGGAAUUGUUUGAUGCCAGGCCACUUCUACCGAAAUUGUGAACGAGGUUCUUGCCAUCAUUGUCAGCAGAAGCACCACAGUAUGUUACAUUCCAGAUCCUCCGUUCCACAGCCGCAGUUUUCGGCGCAAUACCGACAGCAGAAUCAAACGCGUUCGGCGCAACAAAUACCGUUUCAACCGCAACCGCAGCCAAUAAAUCAACAGCAACAACACAACUCAAGACCAAUACAGCAUGCGCACACCACUACACAGCAUGCACAAACCCACUCACACAACACAAACACAAAUCCAGACAACGCACAAGCCACCACAAGUCAGAAUUACGUAGCACUUCCGUUUACACCGUCUCGUAAUAUUUUACUGUCCACGGCGAUGAUCCGAAUCAAGGAUCGUUUUGGAAAUACACUUCUGGCACGUGCGCUGCUAGAUUCGUGUUCUCAGCAUUGUUUGAUGACACGUGAAUUCUCUCGACGGCUUAAGUUCCAUGAAACUCCAACGUUUUUGUCGGUGCAAGGCAUCGGCUCUUCUCAAAUGGUUUCUACGAAGUUAGUUUCUGCAGAAGUUGGUUCCAGAUCCCCCAGAAUUUCACAGUUUAAAGAAUGGAUGCAAUUUUUUGUACUGCCAAGGUUGACAGUUGAUCUGCCUACUGCUGCUUUUGAUCCUUCGAUCCUUACGCUGCCGAGUUCGGCCUGUUUAGCAGAUCCUGGGUUUUAUGAGUCUGGUCCAAUUGAUGUUAUAAUUGGAGCCGAAUUUUAUAUGGAUUUACUGUCAGAUGGAAGAAUGAAGCCGUUAGAGAACGGACCCACAUUACAGAAUACAGUUUUCGGAUGGAUUGUGUCUGGUAGAUUGCCCAAUAAUCAAAAUUCAGUUUCUCAGUCAGAAGUUUAA